UUCACUUCUUGAUCUCUGAAGACCAGAGGAAUAAAACCUUUCACUGGGGCUGAGAACACUUCAACAAGAAUCAUGGCCUACCAGUUGAAACUGGCUGAGAAACUUGUUAUUCUUAAUGACAGGGGUCAAGGAGUUCUAGUCAGGAUGAACCAAAUCAAGAAGAUUUGUACGGAACCAAAGCGAAGGCCCUACCACCUUACUGACAAGACCAUGGAUUCAGCAGUCAAAUACAUCAACAGAAAGUUUCCCAAUAUAGACAUCAGAGGAGCCAAUCAACAUAUAAGCAGCAUUCAGAAACAGAAGUCUGCCAUAUUGGAGGGCCUUCAGAGUUACUAUGAGUCUUUCAUAGAUGUCAUGGAGUUCAGGGAUCACGUUUACGAAUUGCUAAACACAAUAGAUGCCUGCCAGUGCUUUUUCAACAUAACUGUCAAUUUUGACCUCACCAAGAACUACCUGGAUCUUAUCGUGACCUACGCAUCAGUCAUAUUCAUGUUGUCCCGCAUUGAUGACAAAAAAGCCCUUGUGGGAAUGUACAACUGUGCAUACGAGAUGUCCAAUGGAAACAGUGACCCUGCAUACCCUCGACUCGGACAGAUGUUCUUGGAGUAUGAUCAUCCCUGGAGAAAACUUUCAGAGGAGUUUGGUCCCCACACCAAGUCCGUGACCGAGGCUCUUCUGUCACUGCAUCUGGUGUAUCCGCGGAGGAAUCUGUCAGCUGAACAGUGCCGUAGUGCUCAGCUUUUGUCACUGCUGGCUUCUCCUGCAGCCAUGCUCAACCCUGUAUGCUGUGAAACCAUGGCGUGUGAGUAUUUAUCCAUGGAGGUGAUGGAACGCUGGAUCCUCAUGGGAUUCCUGCUAUGUCACACUAGUUUAAAUACAAACCCUGGCUCUCAGAGUUUAUGGAAGAUGGCUCUUCGUAAUGGCCUGUACAUCACAGUGAUCAGAGACGAGGUUCUGAACAUACACAAGCUCUCGGAGGACUUCUUCGAUACUUUCAAAGGAUAUAACAAGCGGGUUGCAGACAUCAAAGAAUGCAAAGAAAUUGUUCUUGCUAACUGUGGGACAUUUCGAAGAGAGAAAAGAAACUUCCUGAGAAAUGCCUUGAAAGAACUUACAAAGGUUUUGGAGGAUGAACCAGCACUGCUUGGUCCCAAGGCGUUAUUUGUGUUCAUGGCUCUGUCGUUCUCCCGUGAUGAAGUGCUCUGGCUUGUGCGUCAUGCUGAGAACAUCACCAAGACCAAGACGCCUGAGGAUUAUGCAGACUCACAUCUGGCAGAGCUCCUCUACUUCAUGGAGAAGCUGCGUUCACUGCUGGUCCAUCACAGCUAUGUUAUACAGCGCUAUCAUCUUCAGUACCUGUCACAGUUUGAUGCUCUAGUGUUGAACGACACCAUUCAGGGGAUGAAUGUCUGUCCAGAGGAAGAAUCAGUCCUUCUCUCAUCAUUUGUCUCAACUCUGUCUGCAAUGACUCUCAAGAACUUAGAUGGAGGUGGAGAAUUUGACCUAAAACCAUUCAGAUUGGAUUGGUUAAGACUCCAGGCUUAUACGAGUACUGGCAAAGCUCCUCUGGCACUGAAGGACUACCCUGAUCUUGCAAAGAUCAUGAACAUGGCCCAGUUUCAUACCAGGAUGAUGGACAAUGUCAAUGAACUCCUGUUUGAAACAGCUGAUCUCUCUAUUCUCUGUUUCCAUGCACGUGUAUUUGAGAAGAUGUUCUCUCAGAGCUGUGAGGACGUCUACAUGCAGCGAUACCUCAUGUCUUACCCCCUCGUCUGUUCACAUUUCAGUCAAUGUCUCCACCCACUGUGUCCAGAAGAGACUGAAGUCAUGGAGCAGCAAACUUUGAAGCUAUGUGUGACCUUCCUGGAGGAGAUCGCCCGGCAGACAUGUACUGUUGUGUUGGACAUUUGUGCUGAACAGUGUAACCUGAAUGAGAAGCUAUUGCCCAAACACAGCGCUGAGAAGAUUAGUACAGUACGCAAUAAAAAGCUAAAGAAACAAGUACCAAAGAAAGGAGAGGUGCUGAAGGAGAAACCAGGAACAGAAAGUCUCAGGAAGGACAGAGCUGUCGUCACAAACCUGGAUAAGAUGCACCAGAUGCUAACAGAGCUGUGCACCUCUUACAGUAUGGGUGCUGAUUUCACAGUGUUUAAACACAUCCUUGUACCUGCCGAGUUCCUGCUCUCACAGCUGGAGAUGAGACUCACCAAGGUGAUUGUACAGAUGGCCAGUUAUAAUCCAAGCACUCACGACAUUGCCCGACCCUCCGACCUUCUGUGUGGGAUUCAAGCAUACAUCUCCAGUCUGCACAGCCUUAGCUGCUACAUCAACAUUGAUGUUUCACGGCUGGUGAAAAGCGUGCUGUUGCAGCAGACACAGCCGCUGGACUCGUACGGAGCGCAGACCAUCACAACGCUCUAUACAAACUGGUUUCUGGAGGGUUUGUUGCGGCAGGCUAGCAGUGCUCUUAUAGUUCACUGUCCUACCACACAGUGCUUUAUAAAUCAAAAUAUUGAGAAUGAGCAGAGCUUUAACGCUGAGGAAUACUCUGACAUUUGUGAGUUGCGCUCUCUGAGUGAAUUGAUUGGCCCGUAUGGACUGAAGUUUUUAAAUGAAAACCUCAUGUGGCACAUUAUAUCUCAAGUUGGAGAAAUGAAGAAACUUGUAAUUGACAACAUGGAUGUUUUAGUGCAAAUGAGAGCAAAUUAUGAGAAUCCUGAAGCAAUGAGCGUUCUUCAGAAGAAACUGACAGGCUGUGAGAAUGUGCUGAAGAGAAUGACCAUUGUCGGUGUCAUUCUGUCUUUUCGAUCUAUGGUUCAAGAUGCUCUGGAAGAGAUUAUGGGCAAGCACUGCCAUUUUCUAAUGAGACCCAUCAAAUGUCUAAAGGACUCAAGUUACACUGACACUGACAUCAAGGUGGCACUGGAUGUGUAUGAGAUGGCAUCUGCGGCUGGAUUGUCAUGUGACAUCGACCCUGCACUGGUUGCAGCUAUUGCAAACAUGCUGACAGACAACACGUCCAUUGAGGAUGAGUUUAAAAUCAGCUGCCUGCUUCUGGUCUAUAUAGCUGUGUCUCUACCCACCCUUUGUCAAGACCCAAACUCAUUCUACAGGCGAGAACAUGGAGGUCACCAGAACAACAUCCACUGCUUGGCCACAGCGGUGAAUCAUCUGGCUGCUGCCAUGUUCACUGUCCAGAGGAAGAGCAUCCAGAUGCACCUUGAAGAGUUUCUUAAGGUGGCAUCAUCAGUUUUACUGCAGCUUGGUCAGAGUGAGGAGCGAGUGGAAACGAAGAACCGAGAUUCGGUUUAUCUCCUCCUACACAUGAUAGUGCAGGAGUCACCAUUUCUCAGUCAGGACAUACUGGAGAAGUGUUUCCCAUACGUGCUUCUGCGAAACGCUUACAGAGAGGUGCACCAGAUCUUCAUCCACACCACAGGAUAAAUGGAGUGACUAUGUAUCAUCAGUAUAAUGAAAAAAACUGCGCACAUAAUUACCAUUAAUGUUAACAAGCGCUGCUUAAGGUGAUGUUCAGCUAUUUUGUCAUUGUUUAAUCUGCUCCUUAACCUUGCACCUCAAAAAGCUGUGUGUUUAUUAUGACUUGUUUAGUGUAAUAACAAUGUUCUUUUUCACUGUUAGAUUUAAACUAGAUUCUAGUGGACCUGAAAAAGUAAACUGUAGAGAAUAUCAAAAGCUAUUAAAAUUGAGAAUUUGAACUUGUGUUAUUAGGCUGUAGAUGGUCAAACAUGGUCUGCUGGGCACUUUUAUCUGGUCUGUUUCAAAUGUACGAUAUUACAUUUUACUGCAUUAAGUAAAAAUUUCGGUCCAAAUCACUCAUUUCACACAAUAAAAAUUAAAUCCAAUAGAUCCCGCUAUUCACUUCACUGCUUACAGUUUGGCAGGUGUUAAUGAAAGAUCAGCAGGGCAAAAAUAUUAUAGUCGCAAUAGAAUGGAAAAGCAAAUACUUCAUCAGUAUCAGACAUGAUUGUAUAUAUGAUUUUCCAAGAAAAUGUAACUUACAUGUGCAGUAAAACCAUAGUAACAGCAAAUUUACUAAGGUAUACAACUAGAGUAACUAUUUAGCUAUGAAAAUGAGUUUUGCCUUUAAGCAGCAUUUCUGCAGGAUUUAUGUCAAUUCCAGACCAGUGUGUGAUGCAUUUCAAGAGAAACAAACCAACAGCAAUGCGAAAGACAUAUGGAAGUUGGGAAAAACCACCUUAUUCCGACAUAUAUUCAUUUUCAACUGAUUAUGGAACUGUGAAAUAUGUUACUUUUUGUUUCUAUAAAUAGAAAAUGUAUAAAAAGUCUAAAUACUGUGGAAGUGGUCUCUUGUUUUCUUUCGCAGUUAUAGUUCGACCAUUUGUCAAUUAUGGUAAAAAACGAAGUGGGUCUUGUUUGAAAACAUGAAAACUUGUACAUUUGCUACUGUGGUUUUAAUUAAUUUUGUACUAAUGGUGAAUAACUGAUAUUUUUUAUGAACAUCAUCAUCAUUGUUUUCUACUUUGACUUAUCAUUGUUGUUUGCAACAAAAUUGUGACUUGUAGGUUUUAGAUUUUUUACCUAAAUGCUGUUUAUUGUUGAUUUGUUUUUAAUUUAGGAAUAAAUCUAAUUCAAAUUUAUUCUCAAAUCAAACUCUUUUAAAUCAACUUUCCAAUUUAAAUAAAUAAAUGAUAAAAUACAGUUCUGGGGACUGUCAGAAUUUG